UAGUGUAGCUGUCAAACGGGCAGCAGAGGGGAAGGCAGUCAAAGAAGGGAAGAUGGCGAGAGGUAGUCGAAGUCUCCGAAGAGUCGCUGACUGUCUGAAACAGUUACCGUCCCCUGCCAGCCGGGAAAUACAGACGAAGAGCAACGUUAGAUACCUGUCAUCAUGUGGGAUCCUGAUGACACGUGUGCCACCCCUGCUGAAUGCAGCCAUGCCAGGGCGUGCCAUGCUGAUGCCAGCCCGCAGCUUUUUUAACCUCGCCGAUUCUCUCUCCAAGAGAAGGGAAUACUCAGAGAGACGCAUCAUCGGGUAUUCCAUGCAGGAGAUUUAUGAUGUGGUGGCCGGGGUGGAGAACUACCGCCUCUUUGUUCCCUGGUGUAAGAAGUCCGAGGUGAUAUUCAAGCGAUCUGGUUUCUCCAAAGCCAAACUGACCGUCGGCUUCCCACCUGUGGUGGAGAAUUACACCUCGCUGGUUACCACUGUGCGACCCCAUCUGGUCAAGGCAUCCUGUUCAGAAGGUAAACUGUUCAACCAUUUGGAGACGGUGUGGCGCUUCAGCCCUGGCCUUCCUGGCUACCCUCGGACCUGCACUGUGGAUUUUGCUAUCUCCUUUGAGUUCCGCUCCCUCCUCCACUCCCAGCUGGCUCACGUCUUCUUCGACGAGGUGGUUAAGCAGAUGGUGUCAGCGUUUGAGCGCCGUGCUGCCAAGGUGCACGGUGCCGAGACACACAUCCCCCGUGAGCUCAUGUUCCACGAGGUUCAUCACACGUAGCACCAGUCAGAACAUACACACACACAGACACACACAUACACACACACACACACACACAUUCACACACACAUUCACACACAAUGCCAAUGUCAGAGAGAGAAAAGAGGGAAGGGGAGAGUAAAGGGAGAGGGGAAAGACGCUACCUCUGUGCUAACUAAAAACUGCAGUGUCUUUCUCAUGAAGACGACCAAUGACUUUAUUCCCAACAAAUGCUUUACAGCUGGAUCUAAAUUUCUAUUAAUUAUUUAUCAAUAAAUAGUGUACCACUGCACACUAUAUGUCAGGUUUUCCUGCUGGUUUUGAAACACUUAGACCCAACAAAUUAUGAUCUUGGUGCUAGAAGGACGCUGACCCAAAUCAUCUAACUGGUGUUGGGUCAGGUUGCUGCUAGUGCCGGCACUGCAUGGAUGGAAAAGUCAGAGGUUAGAGCAAGGUUUGAGGAAGGGCAGGGUUUUGUAUGUCAAGUGGAGAGGAUGUGAUAACCCAACCAGCGAUAAAAGAGACUGUCACCUACUAAUACUUGGGCCCAACUAGUAUUAAAAACCUUAAUGGUUUUGUGGUUAUCUGUGACAACUUGAAUGUGUCGGGCACAAAUGACAGUAAUUUCAUAAAUCAUACAGUGUAAUAUCAGUUUAGCAAGGCAAGGUAAACCCACACUUCAUUGCAGUUCAUCAUGUAAAUCUGUUCCAAGGUGAAAAUAAGUGACAGUAGUUUUUAAAGUUAAUGUGGGACUUGGGCUGAACUACCACAUCUACCAUAGGGAAAUAGGACAGUGGCACAUUCGUGGCUAUGCUGGAAUAAUGAUUUCACUUUGUGAGAGAUCUUUUUCACAGCAGCAGAUUUGAAAUGAAAUAGCAGGGCAAACACAGGUGAUACUAAUUAAGGCUGUGUUCCAUUUAGGUGAAAUGGAAUGAAAUCUUAAUUAAUGUUAGUAACACCUGUGUUUGCCCUGCUAAUCAUGUCAAACUGACGCUUGUGAAAACAAUCUUCUGUGAGCUUAUCUACGAGGAGGAUGUGUAAAAACAAGACUGAUAGAUGUACUGUAUGCUACCAGGCCUUCACACACUCACCUGUUACAAGAUGCUGCAUUUUUUAACAGUCUCUGUAUGGGGCAGUGUCUGUUUAUGUGUCUUUAAUAUUAAUAGCAUAACGCUGACUUGUCAUUCUGAAUAUGAGCAAUGCUGUACAGAAGUUUUCCUCAAUGAUAUAUCUGUGGGUGUGUUUGUAAGUGUGCAAUAUCAGUAGUAGUGUUUGGUUUUAAAUGCAGCUAAGCAAGCAAGGAUAUCCGCUGUCCAUAAGGGCCCAAACUGGCUCGGCAGAGGCCAGGGUCACACACCUUGGCCCAUUCUGUCAGUCAGAUUGCUGAUUCAGUGAGGUAUCUGCCAUCCUAAAACCAUUUACAAUUCCAACUUUCCAACCCACACUGCUCACCAAGUGCCUCUUGACCUAGUGGCAGCAUAUUUAUCUUUUAUUUUUAAACAUUAUACUCAUUUUAUCAUAUUUAUUAUUAGAUUGAGUUUAAGAGGAAGUGUAAAUAUACUUUAUGAUCAAGUGAGAAAGACCUAUAACCACAAAAAGAAAACAAAAGUUUGUGACUGUAUUUUUCAUGGGAUGGGGGAAGUUUUUAGUUGUUGUGUUUGAGUGUAAAUGAAGUUGUGUUGAAUGGCUCAAGAAAGAUGUACUGACUGCAUGAUUUAUAAACUAUUUUUCUAGAAAAAA